AUGGCUGGCUCUCUCGCUAAAAUUGCUAAAUUCUAUAACAAACAAACAUUUGUUAAACCUCAACCUCACAGUGAAUUAAUCGACUGCACUGAUUACGUUUUGAAUUUCAAUCCUCGUAAAUUCGUUCAGAUAGGAUUGGAUCCAAAAGAUCGAUUUAACGUAACUAUUCGUUUACUAUCGUCAACCCGUUACAUACUUAUAACGAUAGAUUUCCUACAACGGAUUUAUACGUUGAUGGGUAAUAUUCUGUCGCUAAUUUUCGACCCUGUAUCAAGACAAAAGAUUAUUUNUACUAAUUCUCGACCCGUGUUACUCAUCCGAUCAGACAUUUUAAAACUCAGCACUUUGGAAUGUUGUAUCUUCGAGACUAUCAAUCAAAAGAGGACUGUAAUUCAACCAUUGGUUCUACAACAGUUGGAACAGAUGGCUCAAUAUAUGAAAUCUCAGUAUGAAUCUUCUAAUGGAGAAAACGUAUGCUCGACAUUUUUUGGGUCGCUGGCCGAUGAUACAACAGAUGCAAAUAUACAGUCGGAAACAAUCAUACCAUCAAGUAUAAACAGCCAAGAAAUACCAACAGUAGUUGUUAAUAAUAGCUAUCCGUCGUAA